GGUUGCAUGUCCUUAACUGCAAUCCAGGCUGCAACCAAGUCUCGUUCCAAUCUCAACCCCAACUUCUCCACCCUCCGGUUAUCAACACGAAACAAGCUUAUGAACAAAUCGAAGCCGCCGAUAACGUCAGCUCUCGCUCUCUCUCUCUCCCUCUCUCUCACACCCACAGAGUGAAGAUGGAGCCCUCGCUAGAUCCGGUUUCUGCCCUACUUUCCAUGUCAGCGUAAGAAAAAAAAGAAUACUGCCAACAGAAACAAGGUAUAAUCUACGAACUCAUAAAAGGACAUCUUUCUUUCUUCCACUUCCCGACAUUCCCCACCCCUCUCUCUCUCUCUCGCGCUCACAAACAUGCGCCGGAAGAACAAUAAGCCGCUUCUAUUUCUCUUGUUUACCUUCGUUCUCUUUGCCUCUUUUCUAUUCUUUCUCCCCCGCAAUAUCUUCUUCAGCAGAGAAAUUUAUCAAACGUCGACGAUCCUCGGGAACCAUAAUCUUCAUCUUUACCUCACCAUCGCUGCUACCGAAGAUGACAUCCAUCGCACCUUCCAACACCUAUCAUCGUCAUCGUCGUCAAGAUCAUCCUCAUCAUCUGUCGCCGAUCCUCAUACCGUCUCGAUCCUUUUUCCUGAUUGGGAAGUUUUCCUGAUCCUUUCACAGGAAAAUCACUCAUCUUCCGAUGCUGACGACGGCCGUUAUUAUUGCCUCUUCCAAAACAACGCCACUUCUCCGGCCAAAUCUUCUGGAAUCUUACCUUCAACUAACGCCACAAUCUUCAGGUGCGUUCUUCCCGGAAGCGUCCGCCGUAUUCGCCCCUUCUUCCAACCGAUUCUUACAAAGCGGAGGCAGUUUUGGCCUUGGACGGAGACGGAGUCGGGACCGCCCGAGUUGUUACGAUGGGGUUUCCUUGUAUACGAAUCGUUAUCGACGGAAGAUGACGUCAUCUUGUUCGCCAAGGGAGUUAACAAUCGCCAAGGCGUCAACCGGUCGCCGUCGGAGCUCCGCUGCGUCUUCGGAGACGGCGUCAUAACGGACGUCACUAGCUCCUAUCAAGAGGUGUUUCGAUGUCGCCACCCGGACGAAAACGCCCUCGCUCGGUUGUUUCAAGGCGGGAAGGAAGAAAAGAUUACAAUUUCCCUCCAACUACAGGUCCAGCGAGGAAAUGAAGAGAAGAAGGUGGUGGUGCCGUCCGUGGCGUACUACACACCCUUGCCCAGACCUGCGUCCCAAGAGGGGAAGUCGCUAUUGUGCGCGUGUACGAUGGUGUAUGACGUAGCCAAGUUCCUGAAAGAGUGGGUGCUCUACCAUUCCAAGCUCGGCGUAGACAAGUUCUUCUUGUACGACAACAUGAGCGACGAUGGAUUACUGGAGGUAGUCUCACAGCUCCGUCGUGAAUCACACAACAUCACUACCUUCUUAUGGCCAUGGCCUAAGACCCAGGAAGCUGGCUUCUCACACUGUGCUAUGCAUGCCAAGGAUUCAUGCACAUGGAUGAUGUACAUCGAUGUGGAUGAGUUCGUAUUCUCGCCAUCAUGGCUCAAUUCCUCAUACCCAUCAACUAACAUGCUCAGAUCCUUCUUGCCGAUGUCGUCAACGUCAAGAGAGUCUCUUCCGGUCGGGCAAAUUAGUAUCUGGUGCCUUGAGUUUGGGCCGUCGAAUCAGAGCUCCAACCCGGUUCAAGGAGUCACCCAGGGCUACACCUGUCGAAGAAGCGAGGAGCAGAGACACAAAUCAAUGUUGCUAUUGGACGCCGUCGAUGCUUCUCUGGUGAACGUGAUACACCAUUUCCGAUUGAAGGAAGGGUACAGAGGGAAAUCGUUGAGCAGGAAUGGAGCUGUGGUGAAUCACUACAAGUACCAAGCAUGGCCGGAAUUUAAGACUAAGUUUCGGAGGAGAGUUUCAGCUUACGUGGUGGAUUGGACAGAAGGGGUGAACCCCAAGUCCAAGGAUAGGACCCCGGGGCUGGGUGUCACGCCGGUCGAGCCAAAAGGGUGGGCCAACAAGUUCUGUGAGGUGAAUGAUACGAGGUUAAAGUGGGUCACCCAGAGAUGGUUUGGGUUCGAGUCCAGAACCGGAUUUAAGAUGGCUUGGCAGAAUCAGUGAGGAGGUCUUGCUCUUGAGGGAAGGGACCUGCCAGCACCCUCAGCUCCAUCUUUAGGACGUGAAAGCCAAUAUUAUUAAUUAGUUAGAGAGAGCAUGGGUACACAUUACAUCAGAAAAACAUAUUCUUUCCUUCUCUGGAUAAAUAAAACUUUCUGCAAACCUGAGAAAGGAACAGAUUAUUUUGCAUGUUACAUGUACGCUUCCAUUUAAAUUUAAGGCUAAAAGUUCGCAGUGCUUAGGCGCUGAGAAUA